UAAUCAUAAUGUUAACUCUAGAUCAUAUGAUCCUCCUGUCAUUCCAAACCCAUCAUAAAUGCUUCAUGAGUCCUAAUUCGUCAGUGUUUCUCAUAAACAUCUUUUUCUUCCAAAUAGUCCAUUUCAAAUCAAUAAUCCGUCUGAUAAACCACUUUCACAAUUACCAUUUGAACCACAACCUUUAGAGAUGAUGUUUAAUAAUCUAUCAUAAUAAUAACCAUUAACUUCACAAAUCAUCGCUUAACCAUACUAAUUUUCAAAUCUCAAAUAGUCAACUUCUUCCACUAUCUUUAGAUAAAAAAGGUAUUUAACUAUCUAUUCAAUCAUAGAUCUACUUAAGAUUAAUUACAAUCAACUACUGAUAAUUAUCAAUCCUAAAAAGAACCUCUCAAAUCUCAAAAAGGUAAUAUCAAAUUACUAUUCUAACUGUAGGACUUAGAAAUUUGUCAAUCAAAGUUAAAUAGAUUGUAUUUGAAUUUAAAUGCACUUCCUAUAAAGAUGUGGCAGAAAGACUUAUUUAAGAAUUAUCUCAAGAAGAAGGUAGAAUUACUAAUUCUAAUCAUGUAUUUUUAAAUAAUAUUAUAGUCAAAAGAUGAAUAGAAUAUUAAAAGAAGAGUCUAUGAUGCACUUAAUGUUAUGAUUGCCUCCAAAGUUCUUAUUAAAGAAGGUAAAAAGGUUAAAGCAGAUUCUGAAACUCUUAUCUUAGGCAAAAAUCUUAUACAAUAAAAAUCUAUUUAAAAAGAAUAGCUUGUAUCUCCAUAUUCUUAUUAUUAGAAUCAUAUGUAAAAAAUUGUUGAAUUUAAAAAGAAACAGCUUUCUGACAUUGUUUGGAAGAUUAAGGCUGCUCAUUCACUUAUUUAAAGAAAUAAAUCAUUAGAAUAAAUUUAAAAAUAAUAAUUGUUUUAUUUCCCUAUCUUAAUUUUUACCUCAUAAAUUAAUAACUAAAAAUUUAUUAGAGAUAAAAAAUAUUUUAAAAUUUUAAUGAAAUCCAAAGUCAACUUCAUGGCUGAUUUAGAUAUUGCUAAAAAAUUAUAUGCGUAAAUCUUUAUUAUUUUUAAUUUAGUGAAACCAUAGACUUAAAAUAUCUAAUAGAAGAAUGCUAAAAUUUAUUCAUUUGA